ACAAAAGCUUCACAGCCUUGCGAUUGCGAUAAAACCACACUGUUCUCGCUCGGCUCAGGCCUCACGCGCGAACAUGAGGGUCUUCGGGCUCCUCGCUUUCGCCGGCUGCGCGGCGCUGCUCGCGGGUGCCGGCGGGCAGCAGGAGGCCGGCGUGCCGUCGAUCAUCACCCGGGAGAAGUUCGACGCCAUGCUGAGCAACCGCAGCAAAGGCAGCUGCGAGGGCGGCGCGUUCUACACCUACGACGCGUUCGUCAAGGCCGCGAGCAACUUCCCUGCCUUCGGCAACACCGGCGACGACAAGACCCGCAGACGGGAGCUCGCCGCCUUCUUUGGGCAGACCUCCCACGAAACCGUUGCGACUUCAACUACCGACAAGCCGGGGAGGCGUUGGGGCUAGACCUCCUAGACAACCCGGACCUGGUGUCCACGAACCCCGUCGUGGCGUUCAAGACGGCAAUCUGGUGGUGGAUGACGCCCCAGGCGCCCAAACCAUCGUGUCACGCCGUGAUGACCGAUGGCUGGACGCCUUCUGCCCAAGAUAUCGACGCCGGGAUGCUCCCCGGCUACGGCAUGACCACCAACAUCUUCAACGGCUCGGCGGAGUGCGGCAAGGGCUACCGGACGCCGCCGGCCAAGGACCGGGCCCGCUACUACAAGAUGUACUGCAACAUGCUCAAAGUUGAGUACGGUGAAAAUUACGGGUGCGGGCACCAAAACUUAACAAAGACGUUGUUGCCUCACGGAGAAUCUUCGCCUCCUCGGAACAGAACCGGGCUUCUGGUCGGCAUCUCUGUAGGUUCUACGUUGUUUUUGCUCGUUUUCGUCACUUUGAUCUGUCUCCUCCUACGGCGAAACCGGGCGAAAAACCAUCACCGAGCAACGGAGCAAGGGCUAUCAGAGGCCGGCUUCUUUGAUGACAAUCAGAGCAUGGAAGAAGACUUCGAGAAAGGAACCGCGCCCAAGCGGUUUUGCUACAGCGACUUGGCCAUGGCCACCGACAACUUUUCCGAUGAUAAGAAGCUCGGGCAAGGGGGCUUCGGCUCGGUGUACAAAGGAUUCCUCAAGGAACUGGACCUUCACGUGGCCAUCAAAAGAGUCUCCAAGGGCUCCAAGCAAGGGAGGAAGGAGUAUGCCUCUGAGGUGAGGGUCAUAAGCCGGCUUCGCCACAAGAACCUCGUGCAGCUUAUCGGCUGGUGCCAUGGAGGCCGUGAGUUGCUCCUCGUCUACGAGUUGAUGCCCAACGGCAGCCUCGACAGGCAUCUCUACUCUGCCAAUAAUGCCAUUCUUCCCUGGUCAGUUAGGCACGAGAUUGUGCUCGGGUUAGGAUCCGCGCUUCUCUACCUACAUCAGGAGUGGGAGCAGUGCGUCCUACAUAGGGACAUCAAGCCAAGCAACAUCAUGCUGGAUGCGUCCUUCAACACCAAGCUCGGCGACUUCGGUCUCGCCAGGCUGGUCGAACACGGCCGAGGUUCGCUCACCACGGCGCAUGCCGGCACAAUGGGAUACAUGGAUCCAGAAUGCAUGAUCACUGGCAGGGCCAACACCGAGUCUGAUACGGCCACGACAAAUGUCAGUGUUUUUGAUGUUCAUGAAAUAUUUCCGCAAGUCGAUGUUUUAGAGGCCAGAGAAGUGUGCAUACCAAGAUAUAUUAGCUUUGAUGAGAAGUAUGAGUUUGAGGAGCAGCUAAGUAACGUGACAUGCAUGCGUGCUAAUAUGCUAGUAGAAUUGAGGGCCAUCUAUUUUGCAUUGAAAUCUGGGGCAGUUGGAGUACCAGAUUAUGCCAGGGAGAAAGGUAAUCUAGAAAGAGAAUUGUUUUCCUUGGGCCUAGUAAACAUGCAUGUACUUCAAAGAGCACAUAUACGCGUGCACAAGGAAAGAGAUGAUACGCUACAAGCCCGUACAUGUGCUAGUGCACGAGGAGUUAAAGUCUAUUAUUUUUUCAUGUUUCCACGUCCACCAGAAAACAGAUCAAAAGCCAUGAAGUUGCUACCUCGGGAGUUGUUGUGUUUGUGCGCUAGUGGCUGGGGGCCUCCUGUUGUUAACACCUAUCCAGCGGUGCUCCAAAUUAAAGGGAAAGAUUAUUUUAUAUGUAGAGUCAGUUUUGUUUAGUCCAAUUUUUAAGUUGAAAUCUUGCCGAGAUGUAAAAGGCAAGAUUAAAGAUAGAGUCCAAAUUAGAGUCCUCGUUUGUUUAACCGAACAGAUAAGGGUACGACCAACUUGAGGGCCAAGAGUAAGAUAAGUUUGUAUGGAUAUGAAAGCCAUGCGUGGGAUAGCUGUAAAGGCAGGUUAUAUUUUGAUAAUAAACACGAUGUGUUUUUA